AUGCAAUUAAACACAUUAAGUCUUACAGCUUCUUUAUCAGACAAUCUUGCUGAAACAACUUUAGCAACAAUUUUAGCAAUAUUCCAAGCAACAACCUUAGAAAUUAGUACUACAACUCUUUCAAUAGCAAGUUUGGAAUCAGUAUCAGCAUUAGGUGGAUCACAAUCAUUUAUUUUAACAACACUUGCUGAAAAAAACGAAAAUAUUUUUAUCUUAAACAACAAAAAUAUCGCUAUCAAUUAA